ACUUCAUCCCGUCUGGCUUUACUCUGUUGUGGAAGCCAUUUUGGGAUUUUCCUUGUACUAAUCUUGAGUCAAACUCGUAACUUUUGCCUAUUCCCACGAAGAUCGAGGAUUUAGGAUCUGUUGUUUGGAUGCGCAGUUAUUUCCGUUUUUUUGUGUGUUUCAUCUUUAAAUUCCCGUCGAGAUGCGGCGCGGAUUUUGCGCAUCCUUGAACCGGAUUGUCAUUUCCGAACGGGACUACGUUCAAAACAACAAGAGAUUAUAGAAACUGAGGGUCAAACUGACCAGAAAAAAAGAGGUGGGAAAGAUUUUCUCUGGACGUUCAGCCUGUCUCUUAGGUGUUGGAGAGUGGUUUCCUGGAUCUCCUCUGGUUUUGAGAAUGUCGAAGCAUGCAUUUAGAGGAAAGCGUGCUCAGCAAGUAACCAUGGAUUUUUCCCCUCUGCACACGUAUACUCCUCCUCACUGUACUCCAGAUAACACGGGAUAUACCUAUUCACUCAGCUCAAGUUACUCCACCGCAGCCCUUGAGUUUGAGAAGGAGCACCAAAUCAAUCCGGUCUACGACUCGCCCAGAAUGUCUCGCCGUAGUUUGAGACUACAGACCAGCAGUGGUUUUUACGGUGACACCAGCCUCACUGAGCUCACGGGCAAUCACAAAUCCGGCUCCUACAAGCAGACCAGCACCACCAGCAGCAGCAGUGUCAGCAGGUCUGUGCGGAGCAGGAGGCAGCAGCAGGGCUCAUCCGUGUACGAGUCUCAGAGCGUGUCUCAGAUUGUGACCCCGACUGCUCAGAACGACCAGACCCUGUCAGAUUUGAGUUUCACCAGUACAGCCAGUGAUGCAUCUCUGAUCUCUAGCCUGCUGGAUCAGUCCACGCUCAGACAGAGCUCCACAAUACACACGUACUCGGCACGGAGAAGAAGAACUGCUCACAGCUCUCUUUUGGAGAAUGGAGACCUCAGUAAAACAGAGGCGCACACUUUUCUGGCUAACGGCUAUAUCUGCAAAGACUGCUCGUUCCACGCCGACGGGAAGGAGGAUGAAAUGGCAUGCUCCUUACCAUACUCCACAUCUGUGUCUUCAGCGUAUCAGACGGCUGCAGACGCCACUAUGACCACUUCUCUGAACAGUGUUGACAAGACAGCUCAUGACAGCUACUGUGGCAGUGUGAACGUGCGAGAUCUGGUGACCACAGACAGCCAUCUCAAUCUCAACGGCUCACUCUGUGAUGACUGUAAAGGAAAGCAGCACAUGGAGAUGCACACGGAGCACAAACACUAUUCCUACACCCGCCAUGUAUUCGCAGCCUUGUGGGCCCUUGUUUCUUAUACAGGUUACGGGCUUCUGCGGGUGUGCCGAGGUUUCGGCUCCGCCGGUGCAUUCGUGACUCAGAAGCUGAAGUCCGUUCUGUGGUUGGCAGUGUGUUCUCCAGGGAAAGCAGCGACUGGCGCCUUCUGGUGGCUGGGAACGGGAUGGUAUCAGCUGGUCGCGCUCAUGUCUCUGAUCAACGUCUUUCUUCUCACCAGGUGUCUGACCAAACUACUGAAGCUUCUUCUGUUUCUGCUACCCUUACUCCUGCUGCUCGGAUUAUGGUACCUCGGUCCACCCUUCGCUCUGUCCUUCCUUCCGGCUGUAAACUUGACAGAGUUGAAAACAGCAGUCACCUCUUUCGCAUCACUUCCACCACUCCCUUCUCUUCCCUCUUUCCCAGCAUUCCCUUCUUUCACAAAAGAACCACUGGUUGAAGAACAACACAUCCCACCUCCGGUCGUCUCACAGACUGCAUCAGAGUCUAUUAGCAGCGAGCGUUUGGCUCGGCUCGAGCAGCGUGUUGCGGCGCUGUGGGAAAGUGUCCAGCAGGGGGAGCUGAAAGCCAAGCAGCAGCACGAGGAGGCCGUGGGUUUGGUUCAGUCCCUUCAGGAGCAGAUGAACACACGCACCGACAGAGAGAGUCUCAGCCUGUGGGUCUCUCAGCUCCUCGAGCCCAGGUUCACCACGCUUAAGGGAGAGAUGGAGAGAGACGCGGUCAGCAGGGCGGAGACUGAGGAACAGCAUGUGCAGCAUCAGACGAGUCUUGAAGCUCGACUAGCAGAGCUGGAACUCCUGCUGAAGAACCUGAACUCUAGAACUGAGAAAAUCCAUCUAACACAGCAGACUCCAGUACAGGCUCCUGUCAGUGUUGGAGUCUCUCAGGAGAAGCAUGAUGCUUUGCUCUCUGAGGUUCAGAGGCUGGAAGCAGAGCUGGGCCGCAUCAGAGGAGACCUGCAAGGGGUGAUGGGAUGCAAAGGAAAAUGUGACCAACUCGACACCAUACAUGAAACUGUGUCAGCACAGGUGAAAGAACAGUUGUAUGUGCUGUUGUACGGUCGAGACCGAGGUGAAGCAGAGAUCCCCGAGCCCCUGCUGCCGUGGCUGGCAUCUCAGUACGUGCGCUCUUCUGACCUCACUGCGACCCUCAUGACCCUGGAGCGCAGCAUUCUGGGAAAUCUGUCCCUGCAGCUGCAGGAGAGCCAACAGCAGCAGUUCUCAGCUGAAACAAUUACUCAGACCGUUGCCAACACCGCCGGGGCUGCUGGGAUGUCAGAGGAGCAAGUCCAGCUGAUCGUCCAGCGCGCGCUGAAGCUGUACUCGGAGGAUCGCACCGGACAGGUGGACUACGCUCUGGAGUCUGGAGGUGGCAGUAUCCUGAGCACACGCUGUUCUGAGACCUACGAGACAAAAACCGCACUCAUGAGUCUGUUUGGGAUCCCGCUCUGGUACUUCUCGCAGUCGCCACGUGUCGUCAUCCAGCCGGACAUGUACCCAGGAAACUGCUGGGCAUUUAAAGGCUCCCAAGGUUAUCUGGUGAUCAGGCUCUCUUUAAGAGUGAUCCCUACCUCCUUCUGCCUGGAGCAUAUUCCCAAAAGCCUCUCUCCCUCUGCAAACAUCAGCAGCGCACCUCGACGAUUCUCUGUCUAUGGGUUAGAUGACGAAUACCAAGAGGAAGGGAAACUGCUCGGUGACUACACUUAUCAAGAAGAUGGAGAAUCACUCCAGAUCUUCCCUGUUAUGGAGAAGAAUGACAAGGCCUUUCAGAUCAUUGAGAUGCGAGUGCUGUCGAACUGGGGUCAUCCCGAAUACACCUGUCUGUAUCGCUUCAGAGUUCACGGCGCACCUCACACUCCGUGAUCAGGCCUCGCUGUACAUUACUAUAUAACCCUUUAUGUACAUACAGGAAACGCUCGGACUUGCUCGAAUGCAGCACGGACUAAACUGGGCUUGCAGCUACCUUUCUAAAACUUUAAUACGAAUGAUGGCCGAAACAGAGUUACAAGGAGCGCAGUGGGAAAGAGCAAUGUGUUUAAGCUAAAGGAUUCCCACUCGUUUCCUGCCCAAGUCCCUGUUCUUGCACUGAUUCAUGC